AUCAUGGUUGGCGCCAUUGCCGUACCCAUGAGAGAAACGUCAUCAUAAAAUUAUAUCUCAUUGAUGUUGCUAAAAGAUUCAACACUACUGGACACAUUCCCAAUGUCACCGGAACCGAAGCAAGACGUCGAUGAAAAUUGGAAUGCCACGAAUUUGAACGCUGGCCUAAGGGUAGCAAGUGAUUCUGAAAGCGAAGAUGAAGAUCAUGCAGCAGAUGGCUACAUGCCCUUAUCGCAAGAACCAGUCGAUGGAGAUUUACUUUUGGACGAAGAAGAGGACGAAGAAUGGAUCGCUACUCCUGUAAAUCCUCCACACAUAGUACCUGAAUCAACAAGUGAACAAAUACAGAUAACAUCUGAAACUGUACAAGUUUGGUCAUCAUCUUGCAAUCGCUCGAAUAUCGAUCUGGACGCAGAUAAAAUUGACCAAGUGAAACAUGUAAUGGCUUCUUUCUUACUACCAAAUACAGCAAUACCAGAAUGGGCCAACACCGUCACCGAGGAACAGUGGAAAGAACAACUAAUUGGCCGGAUAAAGGAGAUGCAAAGUAAAUGAGUUUGUUCUAUUACGAUGAUAUUAUAAAACAGAAAACGUGGGGAAGAAUUUGUAUGGGAAAGAAGCUCUUUGCUCAUAACGACAGUGUUAAGAGGUAAAUGUGAUUCUGCACUGUUACUGAAGCGAUGGUAAAUCAAUAUCUAUUAGUUUUAUGGUAAUGUUUACUUAGUGUCCAUAAAUGAUAGGAGUAUUCUUACCUUAAAGCAUUUACUGUUAUUGAAUCUAAUUUUCAGACUCGAUCAAAUAUAUAUGUACAGAAUACAGUUGUUCAAACCUAUGAAAUGUGGAAGGUUGAAAGAAUUACACAAGUGCAAAAUGAAGUUUAUAAAUAUAUUUCACUAUGAAGUUUAAA